GUAUUUUAUGGGCAACCAUAUCCAUCCAUUUAAUUUCAUCUGCAAUUUGAAAGCCGUACUUGGAACCUUUAUGUGUAUUAAAUGUCAACGUACUCCCAUUAUAGAGAGAGUAUUGUAGUGUCGGCAAUAACGUGCUCCGGAAACACACACACAGAGAGCACGAUUACAGAAUAAGGGCAUGGAUUUUCGUUUUGAGCCAUUAGCGACAGUCACAGCCGCCGCCACCACCCUAUUCUUGAUUUGCACUAUCAAAUUCCGGUGGUUCCGCCCUGAUAAUCACCUACCGCCGCCGUUCUCCGUAGAGGCUAACUACGAUGGAGGUAGUUCCUGUGCGGUGUGCCUCAACGACGUGAGCGGCGGCGACAUGUGCCGGAAACUGCCGAAAUGCGACCAUGUUUUUCACUUGGAAUGCGUCGACGCUUGGCUACAGUCUAAUUGGACGUGCCCACUUUGCAGAAGGCAAAUUACAGAUGAUACUCCUAAGCAACAACGUGAAAACACCAUCUUCUCUUUACUAUUUUCCCGCUGUGAAGAUUUUCUGGCCAAGAUUAAUGCUCAUGCCGAACAACUCAUGACGGUUUUGUUCGACAGCGGAGUUUUUGUCCAUCCUUGAAUUUUUAUUCGGGUUUUAAAGUUAAAGGUCCUAAAGUUGUCGCCAUUGAGGCCAAAAGAAGAAAGAGGAGCUCUAAUGGCUUAUAUUAGCUUAACAAUAAUUGUAAUAAAUCAUGUAAUGGGGUGUGACUCUUUUGUACUACUCCUAAGAAAGUAGUGAAAAGUGAUGAAGAAAAUAAUGUAAUUGUAGUCAUAAUUGGGAAGCAUUAUCAUAUUUGAUCAGUUUUUUUCUUUCUUUC